AUGGAGGACGCGGCGGUGCGGCUGGUGCCGGACCCGGACGACCCGCGGAGCCGGCUGGCGUUUCCCACGCUGCUGCUGUACCCGGCCGCCUACGAGACGGACUUUAUCAAGGAGUUUGAGGAGACGCAGUCGCUCGAGGACCACCUGGCGUACGUGUUUCCGCUGCCGUGGGACGCCGACGGCGCGUACCGCCUGCCCAACGUCUCGUGCUACGUGGAGACGAGAGACGGCGGCCUGCUCAAGAUGGGCAAGAAGGCGAGCCUGCUCAAGGUGCUGAGCACGGGCAAGGUCGAGGUCGUGGAUCAGGUGGUGCGCAUAUUCGUCUUGCCGCUGGACAAGGCCGAUGAGUGGAUUGCAAAGUUUAAAGAGCAAAAGGCGAGGGAAAAAAAAAAGUAG